GGAGCCGUGGCACAGCUGGGAGGCACCAUGGGGGUGGCCCAUGGGGCAGGCCCAUGGGGCACCGCUGCAGCUGGCAGCACUGGGCAUGGGCAGGCAGGGCCCAUCUGAGGUGGUAAUACCCCAGGUGCUGGCUAUGCAGUGUGGUGAGGGGUAUGUGCAAGGCAGUCCCACCUCACUGGUGGCGCUCAGCACGUGCCUGGGGGGCAACGGGGGCUGCUGCGGCUUCGGAGGGGCACCUACAGCCUUGAGCCCCUGCCAGACUCCACCACCUUCCAGCACCUGCUGUAUAAGAUGGAGGAGGAGGAAGACGCUCCACGCCUGCUCUGUGGCCCGACGGAGGAUGAGCUGCAGUACCAGGUGCCUCUGAUCCACCAGCUCCAGCUCCAGCUGGUUGCACUGGAGAGGCAGGGCUGGUGGAUGGACCCACAUGUCAUGCCAAGGUGGCCAUCAUGGUGGACCAUGGGCACUUCAUGCACCACCACCACAAUGUGACACAGGUGUUGGCAGAGGUGCUGGACAUACUGAACAUGGCGGAUAUGCUGUAUAGGUCUCUGGGUGUCCGGGUGUGGCCUGUGGGGCUGGAGAUCUGGACACAGAGCAACCGCUUCAUCGUCACCAAAAACACGGUUGUAGCCCUUAAAAUGUGCAUCAUGACCUCACCUGUUGCUGCCUCUGAUGUGUUCAGCAACUGCAGGUAUAACUCCUGCUUCAACUCCAUAAACAAGGGUGCCUACUGCUUGCGGCAAGCUCCAACACCUGAGUCAGUCUCCAUGCUCAAGUACUGCAGCAACAAGAUGGUGGAAAAAGGGGAAGAGUGUGACUGUGGCUCAACACAGGACUGCAGCAGAGAUCCUUGCUGUGAAGCCAACUGCACACUAAGUGUGAGCGCAGCCUGUGUUUUUGGUGAGUGCUGUAGCAAGUGUCAGAUCCUUCCGCUGGGAAGGCUCUGCCGAAAAUCUAUUAAUGAGUGUGACCUGCCCGAGUGCUGCAAUGGAACUUCCUAGUGGUGCCCGAAGGAUGUGUACGUGCAAGAUGGUGCUCUGUGUCAGGAUGGUGCCUACUGCUGUCAUGGGAACUGCUUUACCCAUGAUAAACAGUGCAACGCUAUCUUUGGCAAACAGGCCAGAGUUGCCCCACUAAGUGGUUUCAGUGAAUUGAAUGUUCAAGGAAACUGUUUUGGCAAUUGUGGUAUAGACAAUGCUAGAAAAUAUAAGAAAAAAUGUAAGGUUGGAGAUGCCUUAUGUGGUAGGGUCCAGUGUGAGAAUGUGAAAGUACUACCUGCUUUGAGGAAUCAUCAUACCAUUGUUCAAACUCCCAAUAAUACCAUGUGGUGCUGGGGUACAGACUACCACAUGGGGGUAGAUGUAGCUGAUAUUGGAUCAGUUAGAGAUGCCACACCAUGUAAUGGCAAGAUUUGUCUCAGCAAGAGUUGCACCAAUGUGUCUGUUCUGCAUUACGACUGUAACCUCACCAGGUGCCAUAACAGAGGAAUAUGCAACAGUGAAAGACACUGCCACUGUGAAUAUGGCUGGGCUCCUCCAUACUGUCAAGAUAAAGGAGUUGGAGGGAGCACUGAUAGUGGACCACCCCCAUCUAGAGAGGUGGUCACCAGGAGCUAUAAUAUAGGAAUACAAAUCUUGAGCACUGUUGGUAUUCUUGUGAUUCGUCUCUGUGUAUGUUGUAGAAAGGUACUAAGAAAAUGUUUCAGAAGGUGA